CGCAGUUCUUAACAUUUGUUUAACUUCUCAUUGCCCAUUUCACCUUGCUAUCACAGUUGCGAUAACAUUCGGAAUAAUUUGCUAUGACAAUUUCAAUGGCGUUUGAAAAUGACGUCGAGGUGGGGGAGACUAUCCCAUCAAUGACUGCGCACGCUGUGAGCGUUUCAUUGCCUACCUGGCGUGCAAAUGUAGGCUACGAGGAAGGGGAAGAAUGGGUUCUAAGCAAAAUGAAGACCGGUUACCCAAGAUUCUUCAUACACAAAUCCAUCGAGAAGUUUGCCACUGCUAUUGUGAAAAAAUAUGGAGAGGCUGGAGCACGAGCAAUUAUUUUCCCUUCUCAUGCUGCUGCAUCAAGGUGUCUUGAAUUCUUUUUCCACCAAGACCCGGAACUGGAACCCCAGCAAGUGCGAAUCCUGGAUCUUGUUCCCGCUGCGAAGAAAGCGCGAUCUGAAGAGUGUGCCAUUAUUUCUCCAAAGAUAUCGGCAAUUCUUUUCCCUCAAGAAAAAUUUAAGAUUGCCAAAACUUAUUGGCAGCAUUCCGGGGACGGUAUCUCUAGCCGUCGAGCAGAGUAUUGCCACGCCCUAUUUGAUGAAGGCGUCCUUGUAGACUCUGCGACUAUCCAGGAGUCAGCUCGAUUUUGUAAAGGGCCUCGGCGGUAUCAAAAGAAGACCUCCAUCGAUCUAAGCAAUAUUUCGGAUCGGCUUGAUAGUGCCGCAGAACAGGACCCUACUCAGUUUGUUGAGGAGAGAUUUGGAAGAAACCUUGAUAUUUCGAUGACCUCUAAUGCGAAGCUAGCGGUUCGUCGACGUAUAGCCGGGUCGCUGACAGCAGAUGUUGGGUUGACUGAGGCCUUAGCUCUAGAGAAAGACUUAGAACGAACACGCAAGGUAGCAGGAUUCUCAGAAGACGACGUAUACCUCUACGCAUGUGGAAUGAAUGCAAUAUUUAUGACCCACCAGAGUCUGAUGGCCGCGAAAGGCCUAUUGAAGAGCGUUGUCUUCGGGUUUCCUUACAUAGAUACGCUCAAAGUAACGCAGAAGUUUGGACCUGGUUGUUUAUUUUAUGGCUUUGGUUCAUCGGAAGAGCUGGAUGACCUUGAAAGACGACUGAAAGACGGCGAGAGAUAUCUGGCUCUCUUUACCGAGUUUCCUGGAAACCCACUCUUGCGUUCACCAGAUUUGGAGCGCAUCCAUAGCCUCGCUGACAAGUAUGACUUCUUCGUGGUCGUUGAUGAAACGGUUGGGAACUUCCUCAAUGUUCAUGUCCUCCCCUAUGCAGAUGUUGUCGUCAGUAGCCUGACCAAAGUUUUCAGCGGCGAUAGUAACGUUAUGGGAGGAAGUGCCAUCCUAAAUCCUAAAGGGAGGUCUUACAACAUCCUCAAACGAACUUGGGAGAAUAAUUUCGAGGACAACCAUUGGGCUGAGGAUAGCAUCUUCCUCGAGCGCAAUAGUCGGGACUUCGUCUCGCGCAUUGAACGUAUCAAUGUUAACGCAGAGGCCAUCUGCGACGUCUUACGUGCGCAUCCACGUGUGAAGCAAGUCAAUUAUCCUAAGUUCAGCGACACAAGGCCUUUCUAUGACAAAUGCCGUACCCCAAAUGGCGGUUAUGGCGGUCUCCUAUCAGCGACCUUUUUUUCGAAAGAAGACUCCGUGGCUUUCUUUGACAAUCUUGACACGGCCAAGGGGCCAAGCCUGGGAACCAACUUCACUUUAAGCUCGCCUUACGUAAUCCUUGCCCAUUAUGGAGAGUUGGACUGGUGUGCAUCAUACGGUGUGGAAGCAAACCUCGUGCGAUUUAGCGUUGGGUUAGAAGAGCCUUGUAAACUUGUGAAUAUCUUCCGUCACGCUCUUGAGGCUAUCCCGAGAUGAAAGCCCACACCCAACAUAGUCUCAGAACAAAACUUGCAUA